AUGGUUUGGAGUGAGAAAAGUGAGCGAGUGAGAGGGAGUUCAUAUCCUGCAGGUGUCACAGCCAGAGCUGUUUCUGUGGAUGAAAUCCAUCAGCAUGCAUCCUGCCGCUUUCUCUGCUGUUGCUUUUCUGUGAAAUCAUGGAUCGACUGGAACUGUGACUGGGAGGAACCAAUGUUUGGAUUGACAGAGUUAGUGUGUGUGACAGUCAUUUAUAUUCCUCUGAUGCUUUUCGGUCUCCUGGGAAAUGUCUUAACAAUCCUGGUGGUUUGGCUACGUCCACAAAUAAGAAGUUCUACCUACUUGUAUCUGAGUAGUAUGGCUGUCAGCGAUCUGAUGAUACUACUACUUCUACCUUUGGAUCUCUAUAAGCUAUGGAGGCCCCGACCUUGGCCCUUCGGAGACCUCGCCUGUAAGAUGACCAUGUUUCUCUCCGAGUGCUGCACCUUCUGCACCGUCCUCCACAUCACCUUUCUCUCUUUGGAGAGGUAUGUGGCCAUCUGCUGGCCAAUCACGGCCAAGACGCUGGUAACACGCCGCAGAACCAGGGCUCUCAUUGGCUGCCUGUGGCUGGGCGCUGCGGUGAGUGCAGCACCCGUGUUGGUGAUGGUUGGCGUUGAGGAAAUUGGGGAGGAAGAUCUCAGGGUCGGUGGAUGGAGGGAGAAUGGAAGGUGGAUGGGCGAGGAUGACAGUUACAUGACUUCAUUUGAUGACGAAUUAGAUGCGUUGAUGUGGGAAGAAAAAGAGAGACACGGUGAAAGAGCUGGACAGUGGAAUUGGUUGGAAGACGGAGAAUUGGGAGGAAUAGGUGAGAAAUUGAAACAACAUGGCGUUGCAGUUAAAAAUGAAAAACAGGUCCAGGAAGAUGACGGAGAGCAGGAAAACAUGCGAGAUGAAGGAGAAGAAUGGGAAGCAAAGGUUGAUAAGAAACCUAUGCCGGAGAUUGAUAGGCGGGAGUGUCGCUGUACAGACUACGCCAUUUCCUCCGGCCUACUCUCCGCCAUGAUGAUUCUAUCCAACCUGUACUUCCUGGUUCCGGUCUGUGUACUCGGACUGGUCUACGCUCUGAUUGGAAGGACCCUCUGGCUGCGCCCUCAGAGUAGCCGCAGAGAGCAAAGUCACCGACACGCCGUGAAGAUGCUUGGAGUGAUCGUCUUGGCGUUUGUCCUGUGCUGGCUACCUUUCCACAUUGGUCGAACUAUAUUCUUUUUCUCUCUGGGAACUAAUACGGACAGGCAGGAGCCAUACUUUGUCAACACGGAUGAAUCUAUCAGCCACGGAUGCAAAGUGACCACGGCUGUUAACUCAGACUUGCACCCUAAUACAUCUGGAAAUGCUUCCGAGAAUGAAACAAUCUCUGAUAUGUGUGUGAAGACCACAUUUGAAACGCACAUUAACGUGAGCAUACCCUCGAGCAGGGAUUUACAUUACCAUGUGUCACCCACCGAAAGCAAGGAAAGGGUCACACAUGCACUUACACGCACGAUAUCACCUAAUGAUUCCACACAUAUACAACAGUUAAUGCAUGGAUAUACGAACAACAAAACGCACAAUGCACCACACAAACGUUUAAGCUACCAUACCAACACAACAAGCACUGGUGUUGAUUUGCAAUACUUCUGUAGCUCCUUCACUUUCAGAGAGCAGAAGAGUUUAAAUCCAGAAAACUGUCCGAGUGAGUGA